ACAACGUGGGUGGAAGUAACGAGAGAGUUUCCAUUGAUGUUUCGUAUUGUUGAAAAGAGAGAGAGAGAGAGUGUGUGUGGUUGUGUUAUCUCAAUAUCUCUCAUUAUAGCAUAGUGUUCAACCAUUUUCUAUAAUAACUCAUUCUCAUCAAAUUUCAUUCCUUUUAUAUUUUUUUCUAGUUCCUCUUUUGCUUUGUCUCAAUAAUAAUAUUAAUCCCUUUUACUCACAAAUUUCUUUCUUAGAAUUGAAUCAUGAUGAAUGGUGAUUGAAUUAUUGAUCUCUCACCCAUUCUAUUUCAUUUUGCAAUCAAUUCAAUUUUGAAACUAAAUCUUAUGCAGUCGCUUUUGGGUAAAUAAGUUUUUGUACAUUUUACAUGACAUUUUGUUUUUGUUUGAUAAUACAAGCACUUUGAGUGGAUAAGAUUUUCUGUUAAUUUCCUUUAUAUUUUUGUGGGGUGUUUUUGAUUCCUCAAAGUUGGUUUUUUUAUUGUGUGAUUCACACUUUGUGUGUUGAUCAAUUUCAUAUUAUUUGUCAUAAUGGGUUGUGUGAGUUCCAAACAAAAGGGAUAUUGUAGUCAUUGUAACACCCCUUAUUGCUCUGUUUCUAGAAGCUACACAAUGCAUGUUCAUCAUCCACCUCAAAGCAAAGGAGAUAGUUAUCAUGUUGUGGCAUUAACAUCAACAACAUUAGGUUCUUUGGAACUUGUAUCUCAUAGUCAAGGCAAUAGUUUUGUUCCGACCUCAAAUCUGUUGCACGUAGACAGUAUUCGGGAAAAACAGUGCAACAGACCUGAGGUCGGGACAAAUUUUAUGUUUUCAAAUGGUAAGGUUACUGAGAGUUUCAAAAAGAAAGAAGAGAAUGAGGCAAAUACAUGGUCUAAUAUGAUUGAGAAGUUGCCAAAAGCUAUUAACAAGACUCCACUCACAAAACCAACUUGUGAGCUUGAGAAUGAAACUAUCAUCAAUACAUGGGAACUAAUGGAAGGUCUUGAAGAAACAAGUCCUUUUCAAUCACCAAAUCACCUAAAAACCUUCUCUUUUGAUGUCAAUGUUAAUGGCCAUGUUGAUCCACAAAAGGCUAGUUUCAUGGAGAAUGAUGAUGACAUUGAUUUACACAAACCCAAGUUGGAUCAUAUGAUUAUUGAGGAGGGAUUAAAUUAUUCAAGUCUCAAGGUUGAAGAUUUAGAUUUUGAUAAUUUUAAAGUUGUUUCUUCAUUCAAGAAUUCAUUUCAAGAAAAACAAGAGGGGAUGGAUAAAAACAUAAUCUUUUUUGAGGAAAAGAAAAUUAGUGAGGAUGUUUUUGUUGAUUUCAAGGUUUCCUCACAUGGGAAGAAGGAAAAAGUUGUAUUGUAUUUCACAAGCCUACGUAUGGUGAGAAAAACUUAUGAAGAUUGUUGCAAUGUUAGAAUGAUUUUGAAAGGAUUAGGCAUAAGGGUUGAUGAGAGAGAUGUGUCAAUGCAUUUAGGAUUCAAAGAAGAGCUUAAAGAGUUACUUGGUGAAGGAAAUUAUAGUAAAGGAGGAUUACCAAAAGUAUUUAUUGGAAGUAAAUAUAUUGGUGGAGUUGAAGAAAUUCAAAAACUACAUGAUGAUAAGAAUCUUGAGAAUUUGCUUGAUUGUUGUGAGAAGAUUCAUGAUAUUGAAGGAAGUGAUGGUGGAUGUGAGGCUUGUGGUGAUAUAAAGUUUGUGCCUUGUGAAACAUGUUAUGGAAGUUGUAAAAUUUACUAUGAAGGUGAUUAUGAUCAAAAACAUGAUUAUGAAGUUGGUGAGUGUGGAUUUCAAAGGUGUCCUAAUUGUAAUGAAAAUGGACUAAUUAGAUGUUCCAUGUGUUGUCUCUAGUUCCAUAUUUCAUUGUGACAUUUAACAUAGAUACUUAGAACUAAUGUUUGAGUUUUGUGUUCUAUGUAUUUUGUUUAUAAUUAAUUUUUUUUUAAUGUAGAGUGAAUUUUAUGUGGUUGAUCUUAUGGGAGAAGAGGAAGGAUAUAAAAAGGGUGAAUAUUUGUGUAUGAUUAGUUCAUAGUGUAUACUUUUUAUUGUUUGUUUUCCUAUAAUUUUCAUGAAACAAAGCAGGCUACAAUUUCAUUUCUUGCAAAACUAAAUGGUUGCAACUCACACCUCACAAGGAUUUUACAUGCUUUCACUUCAAAGUUUGUUUUUCUCCUUGGACAAUUUCAAUUGUAAUGUUAUGUUGUGAUUAAAGUGGGAGCUUGAGAGAAUGCUUUAUAAUUAUAUGUCUAUUACAUUAAGGGUAUGUGUUUGGUGUACCACACGAGUCAGUAUCGAAUAUUGACAAGAUAUUUACACAUGUUAUAUUUAAAUAUUUAUUUUU